AUGUCCGAGGAGGACAGCAGCUCCGCUGCCAGCUCUGUGUCGGACAGCGAAGGCAGCAAUGUCUGCGUCCUGAACUGGGAGCAAGUGCAGCGUCUGGACGCCAUCCUGACGGAGACCAUCCCCAUCCACGGCCGGGGCAACUUCCCCACCCUGGAGAUGAAGCCCCGGCAGAUCGUUAAAGUGGUGCGAAGUCGGAUGGAGGAGAAGCGCAUCCACGUCCGGGACGUGCGGUUAAACGGCUCGGCGGCCAGCCACAUCCUGCACGAGGACAGCGGACUGGGCUACAAGGACCUCGACCUCAUCUUCUGCGCUGACAUGAAAGGUGAAAGCGAUUUUCAGACUGUGAAGGACAUCGUUUUGGACUGUCUCCUGGAUUUCUUACCCGACUGUGUGAAUAAAGAGAAAAUAACCCCGUUAACGUUAAAGGAGGCUUAUGUGCAGAAGAUGGUGAAGGUGUGCAAUGACUCCGACCGCUGGAGCCUCAUCUCACUCUCCAACAACAGGGGGAAGAAUGUGGAACUGAAGUUUGUCGACUCUCUGCGGCGGCAGUUUGAAUUCAGCGUGGACUCUUUUCAGAUCAAAUUGGACUCUCUGCUGUUGUUCUAUGAGUGCUCAGAGAACCCCAUGGCAGAGACCUUCCACCCCACCAUCAUGGGUGAGAGUAUGUACGGGGACUUCAGCAAAGCCCUGGACCACCUGCGUCACAAGAUCAUCUGCACUCGAAACCCGGAGGAAAUCCGCGGUGGGGGUCUGCUCAAGUACUGUCACUUGCUCGUGCGGGGCUUCCGCGCAGCCUCCGAGUCAGAGAUGAAAUCGCUGCAGCGCUACAUGUGUUCACGCUUCUUUAUUGACUUCUCUGACAUAGGCGAGCAACAGCGCAAGCUGGAGUCCUACCUUCAAAACCACUUUGUGGGCCUGGAGGACCGCAAGUACGACUACCUGAUGACCCUCCACGGAGUGGUCAACGAGAGCACAGUGUGCCUGAUGGGACACGAGAGACGGCAGACCCUGGGGCUGAUAGCCAUGCUGGCGGUGCAUGUGCUGGCUGAGCAGAACGUAAUACCCAAUGUGGCCAAUGUUACUUGUUACUACCAGCCCGCCCCUUAUGUGGCAGAUGGUAACUUCAGUAACUACUAUAUAGCACAGGUACAGCCAGUCUUUGCUUGCCAGCAGCCUGCUUACUCCACCUGGCUGCCCUGUAACUGAGCCAAUGCUGAGAAAAGUAGAGGGGAGAGAGCCAG